AUUUCGGGGGGAAAACGAAACUCUCCUCCAAUCAUUGAGGUAUCAGUCGGUAAGUGUAAGAACGCUACUGCAAGCCACGUCGAGCCCGACUUCUCUUGAGGCCCAACGGUUCCCGCUGCUGCCUGCUGACGUCUCACCGCGUCAAUAGUGUCGUCGUCUGGACCAUCUCGUUCAAUCAGAGAUCAUUUCGGUGUGUUCUGUGUGCUUGAAGCGCCAACUUGUUGGAGUUUCGCCUUGAAAAAAUGAACACUUCAUCUUCUGGCGUGCUGGACGUCAUCUUGCCUUUGAGUUCCGUUUUCCGCUUCAAAAAUGCCGUACUCCACUUUCCACCUUUGCAACAAGAGAGUUUCUAUGAGCAUGCCGAGAUCUUCGCCGUCGAAGCGCCGCACGCGAGCGCACCUGGACCGCGCGACCAAAAGCAAAGAGGGAUAUGCAAACGUAGCUAGGUGGAUGGCCCUUGAUGCCGAUGGCGAGACCCAUAUCUACCGCAAGUUCGACGAGCUGGCCGCCCGGAAUCUGUUGUUUUUCCAGUCCGAGCUGCUGGCGCUGGCGGCGCAGCUCGACCACUUCGACGAGAAGGACGCCGAGACCGACGACAUGGACCUGAAAGACGCCGCGAUGACGUGGGAAACCCUAGAAAGGCGAGCGGCCUCGGAUGACCGGGGAGCAAAGUCGCGCAUGGAGCUUAUAAUGAGAAUCCGCGAGAAAAUCAUAGAGUACCACGAGGCGUUGCUCCUUCACAGUGAGAUCACCAAGUUGCGGCGGCCCAACAGGCGAGUGCUGGACGCGUUCCUCAUGUGGUUCAAGCAGCCCUUCCCGGCACUCGGCGGGCGGGCCAAGACCUUCUUGGACGAUCCCGACGACCUGGUCGCCCUCAACGCCGUGUCAGAAACCGACUUCAUGUCAGAGUAUCUCCGGCGGCACUGGCCCGCCCAAAAAGAAAUAUCAAGAGACGCGUCGUUCGGCAUAGGAAGAUACGACGAGGGGUCUGUGACUCUCGCUGUCGCAAUCGUCAGCAUCCUCGUGGCGGCCGUCCUUCUGGUCGGCUCCAUCACCAGCCUGUAUUUCGUCCAGAGCGAUGCUGCCAAGCUUGGCAUGAUAGCCGCCUUCACGGCCCUGUUUGCGACGAGCGUCGGCACCAUGACGACGGCGCGUCGCGCGGAAAUCUUUGCCGCCACAGCAGCGUACGCGGCUGUGUUGGUCGUGUUUGUAAGUGGCAACAUCUCGAGCAACUAGCGCAACGGUGUAAAACAACACAACACUAGAGGAAGCAAUGGGUGGGCCCUAUCAUUUAUGGGUGUUGGUGUUUAAUAGAGACGAAAACUAAAUCAUUUUGUCUCGGUCCACUGCAUUCAAUAAAGCACCGGAGUACGGAAUGAAGCGUACAGAAAACAAAGCUCUCUGGGAAGUAUCAGGAGGAAAAACAAGGCAUAUUCAUUUUCCGCAACUAAUAGAACAUUGUUUUACUUUUGCAACCAAAGCAAUGCAAGCUCCAGAGUUCUGUAUCGUCAAAAUCGGGG